AUGUCUCCGGCACGCCCGUGCAGGGCGCUGAGGGCCGCGGUGGCUGCUAGCAUGGGGUUGAGCGAGGGGCCGGCGGGCUCAGCCCGGAGCGGGCGCCUCCUUCGCCCGCCAAGUCCGACGCCAGGGGCCCGGCUGUUGCGGCUCCCGGGGAGCGGGGCCGUGCGGGCCGCAAACCCGGAGCGCGGCGGCUGGACCGAGGCGCUGCGGGCCGCCGUGGCCGAGCUGCGCGCAGGCGCCGUGGUGGCCGUCCCCACCGAUACGCUAUACGGCCUGGCCUGCUCGGCGAGCUGCUCGGAAGCACUGGGCGCCGUGUACCGUAUCAAGGGCCGCAGCGAGACCAAGCCGCUGGCCGUAUGCCUGGGCCGCGUGGCCGACGUCUACAGGUACUGCCAUGUGAGGGUACCUGAGGAGCUCCUGAAGGACCUGUUGCCAGGACCGGUGACCCUGGUGAUGGAACGCUCAGAGGAGCUCAAUAAGGACCUGAAUCCUUUCACUCCUCUUGUAGGCGUCCGGAUUCCUGACCACACCUUCAUGCAGGACUUGGCUCAGGUGUUUGGGGGGCCACUCGCUCUCACCAGUGCCAACCUCAGCUCCCAGUCCAGCCCUCUGAAUGUUGAGGAAUUCCAGGACCUGUGGCCUCACUUGUCCUUGAUCAUUGAUGGGGGACCAAUUGGGGACGGCCAGAGCCCAGAGUGUCGACUAGGCUCAACUGUGGUUGACUUGUCUGUGCCUGGAAAGUUUGGCAUCAUUCGUCCUGGUUGUGCCCUUGAAAGUACUUCAGCCAUCCUCCAGGAGUAUGGGCUGCUCCCCUCACAUGGAUCCUGCUUGUGACACUCUGGAGGAGGGAAGGCCCGGUGACUGGUGCUGGACACUAUGUGUCCAACCGCUGGUAGUUGGCAAAGCCUCAUUUGCAGAGGCUGCUAGGGCUAUAGUGUUAGUAGUCUGACCUUUUAAGGCAGAGUUUCUUUCUGAACUGUAUAGACCAGAACUCAGAAGCUGCUGGUUAAGCCUCACACCUGGUUUGGGAGGUUAUAGUAAGUCCAUUCCUAGGAGGGCCAGGUUUUUUCUUCCUUUGAUUUUUGAAAAAAUAAAUAACCAGUUUGCAAUCUAAUGAGAGCCUCUUCUCUGGUGGGUAGUGGCAUUUAAGGUCCAAAUCAGCUAAUGCAUCAGUUGAUGCUUUUUUAAGAGUCUCAAGUGACCAAAGGCACUUUGUGCUUCUGAAGUUGGAUCCAGGUUAGGAUAAAACCUGUGGAGCCAUAGGCCAAAUACUACUUCCUCUGAACCAGGGCUGGUUCUGUGCUGUAAUUGCCUGGCAGAGUCAUCAUUUUUGUCUAAUGACGGGAAGUAAGCUCGGUUGGGAAGGGGUGUCCACAUUAUUGAAGAAUGUUGGAAAACCUCUGCUGUUCUUUUUAGCCACUUUUUUCUUAUUUAUUCAUAAUACAAAUUAUAAUUUCUUAUACCUGUAAUACCUUUAUUUAAAUCCAGUGUCUACUCUGCAGCCUUUAUAUAUAAAGUAUUAAACAUAAUUAUU